AUGGGCCAGGACCCCUCUUCACGGGCUCCUCUCUCCAUCUCUCCAGACAUUAUGAAGCCACACUCAUCAGCUCACUUCCUCCUGUGCGUUCCCGCGGCGCUCAGAGUUGUGCUCUCGCUGUCGGCUGUCUCCCAUGGGUGGGGGCAAAGGGGGGAAGUGGAGGUGGGCGUGCUGAUUCCUGAUGAUGUGGUGAUCGUAGAGGCACUCACGGAGCUUGUCUUUUUCAUUAGCCACUAA